ACGGGUCUCGCCGGCUGCUGGGGGGGAGGGGGCGUGGCUUCCCCGCUGGGCGGGAGGCUAGCUGCAGUUCCGCCCCCAUCGGCCGCUGCCUCCUCACGCCAACACCAAACCCCAGACCCGCCGGCGGGAAAGCGAGCGGUGCGCGGGAGUCUAGCCUGCGGGUCCAGGCAGGUUCUGCCGCGGCUCGAGCCCCAGCGCGCACCUGUGGCCCCUUCCAGCCCUCGCUGCUUGACGCGCUUGGGGCGCCCCACGCGAGGAAUGGCCACCCCACCCAAGAAGAGCUGCUUGUCUCCCACGACCGGCCCUCAGAGGACCCGCAUCAAGAAAGUCUCCAUCGAAGGGAACAUCGCUGCAGGGAAGUCAACUUUUGUGAAUAUUCUUAAACAAGUCUGUGAGGAUUGGGAAGUGGUUCCUGAGCCUGUUACCAGAUGGUGCAAUGUUCAAAGUACUCAAGAUGAAUUUGAGGAAUUGACAACAGUUGAGAAAACUGGCGGGAAUGUUCUGCAGAUGAUGUAUGAGAAACCCGAACGAUGGUCUUUUACCUUCCAGUUAUAUGCCUGCCUCAGUCGAAUACGAGCUCAGUUUGCCUCUCUCAAUGGCAAGCUCAAAAAUGCGGAGAAACCUGUAUUAUUUUUUGAGCGAUCUGUGUAUAGUGACAGGUAUAUUUUUGCAUCUAAUUUGUAUGAAUCUGACUGCAUGAAUGAAACAGAGUGGACAAUUUAUCAAGACUGGCAUGACUGGAUGAAUAAACAGAUGGGCCAAAGCCUUGAACUGGAUGGAAUCAUUUAUCUUCGAGCCACUCCAGAGAAAUGCUUGAAUAGAAUAUAUUUACGGGGAAGAAAUGAAGAACAAGAUAUUCCUCUUGAAUAUUUAGAGAAGCUUCACUCUAAGCAUGAAAGCUGGCUCCUGCAUAGAACACUGAAGACCAAUUUUGAUUAUCUACAAGAAGUGCCUAUUUUAACACUGGAUGUUAAUGAAGACUUUAAAGACAAAUAUGACAGUCUGGUUGAAAAGGUCAAAGAAUUUCUGAACACUUUGUCAUCUUGCUGAGGACCACAGGCAGCCAAAUGAUCGCAAACACUUCAACUUUGUGUAUCUUCGUACUUCCAUAUUCAUACAAAUCUCUUUAGAAAACCGAAGUUUUUAGCUAUUUUUGUUCCAAGAAAAAAAUUUUUUUUUUGGUGAAUCCUAUACAAAAGUUUAUAACUAGUUUCUUUUUUUUGGUUUAAAAAAACAAAGAUAUUUAAUUAUCUCUCACACAAGAAGUGUGGAGGUAGAUGAUUCCAGAGUCAGUAAAGUGGCUAAACUGUAUGAUAAAGGACCCCACCUCUUUCUGUCUUUCCUCUCUAUUAUCCUCCUCAGCAGGUUGGCUUUUUUUUUUUCUGGUGCUUCUCAACUCGUUGGUGACCAGUUUCUUAACUGGAAACUUUGAUGUUACAUAGUAAAUGGUAAUGUGUCCUGUGUAAAUUAGUGCACCUAUUAAAAGUUGAAAAGUAGAAUUUAAGGAAUCCCUAGGAAAAGGACUAUGAAGUUUUAUUUAAAUACUUUUGAUCAAGUGCCUCCUCUUCCACUUUAAUUUAUGUGGAAGAUAAGACCAGGUUUAGCAUUUAAUCAUUUCAUUAGUAUUUAUUAAUGUGUCUGUAACACUUUUCAGAGGAGCAGGUUAAACCUUGUUCCCAGUUUGUAAUGGCAUAGCCUUUCUUAUAGGUCAUUUAAUCUUUUUCCUGCCUUUGUUUCUCUCUCUGUGGUAUGAGUGAGACUUUAUUCAUCUUUUUGCAUGGGAUUUUAGAGGAUUAAAGAGGAAAAGUUUCUAUACUUACAAGAUAACUGAAAGUUAUUACAUGAGUAUAGAGAUUCAAUUGAAAUGGAGCCUAAAAUAGCUUCUUCCUUUCUCCCUCCUCAGACCAUUCUUUUAGAAUGGAAUAUUACUUAGUUAAAAGAUUGGUUUGGACUAUGAUUGUCUUUAAAUUAUUUGAGGUGUAAGUAUGGUUUUUCGUAAAUUCCUUCCCAUUUUUAUAGGUAAAAUGUGUGUGGGACAUCGUGAGGGAUAAGUUUUUCCGUUUUAUUCUUUCUCGACACUGCACUGGGACUGAGUAGUCUUUCUUUACCUUUAUACUUGGAGAGAAGUCAAAAGACAAAUUUGUUUAGUCCCAGCUCUUAUUUCCUCCCUUAUCCUGUUUUCCCUACUGUCUGGAUUAAUUAGGCAGCCUACUUUUUUAAAGUUUAAAAAAAGUCACACAUCUCUGCUUUGAGAACCUUGUGAUCACUCUUUCCUUCGUAGUUUGCCUUGCUUCUCUGUAGGGUUAUACCUUUAGUUUUUCCCCCCUCCUUUAAGAGAAGUUACUGAUAAAAAUGAUAUUUAUAUGUUAUAUAUCUUGAAAGCAUUAUCAUUUUUUUUUAUUGAAUAUAUAUUUGGAAAUAUAUAUAUUAGUAAAGAAGACAAGGGGUAGAAUAAUUAUAGUUUUUAAAAACCUGCAUGGAUUCAUUUUAGGUCUGUAUAUAAUUAAAGAUUUUUUUUUUUCAAGUUUGGUUAAGGUAUGCAGUGUGUUUUCUAUGUAUUUAACCUUUCUACUUGAUGUUUUAGAAAAGUUCUAUGUUUUUUAAAUGAAGAGGAGUCACUUUUACAUCGGAACUGUCAUUUUCCUUUUUAAAACGCCUUCUUUUGUUUUUGGUUGCUUGAUACUCAAAGAUGAUAAUUUAGUGGGUUAUGCAGUCUAGAUGUGUGAUCUUUGAAAGGGAGAUUUUAUUUCAAAUCUGUAAUCACCAUUAAUAUUUAAAUUGUCUCAUGAUAUUAUAUGGCUUUUUAAAAUUUUUGUUUGAUAUGAGUGGAAUUUGUUUACUAAAUUAAAUAUCUUCUUAAGAAAUAAGUAUAAAUCUCAUGAAAUGUAAUGGAGCUACACUCAAUUGAAAUGAUUACAUCUUUUUAGAAUGAAAAUUUAUUCUACUUUUGAAGAAAAAAUUAUGACUAUAAAAAGAUUUUAAUGGUUUAUAUAAAUUACAUUGAUUCUAUUUUAAGUGGAGGUGUAAUUCAGAGAUUUUCAGUAACCUUUAAAAAUGUUUAGCUUAUGACUUUUUAAAUCUGUAGAAUUGAAAAGAAGCCAAAAAGAUUUAUGAUUUUUCAUGACUUAAAAGCUGCACCAUUGGGUGGGCACAAGAGUAUUGAGCCUAAUGUUCUGCGUUAUCUCUUGGAUCCUGUUUUGCAUAUCAGGUCAUCUUCUAUCAGAGUAUAUUUACUACUUUUUAUAGUUUACUCUAAUGAGAAGGUAAUUAAUUGUAUAAGACUUAUUCCUUCAUUCAGAAUUUUCUCGUCUUCUAUGCCUGAAACUUAGAGCACUGUAUACUGAGGUCUGUCAUAUUUUAGAGGACAAGGAGUCUCAGAGUGUUUUUUAUAAAGAGAUGUAAAUCUCAUUACCUCCAGAAAAGUGCUAGAUAAGUUGCUUAAAGAGUUUAUAAAUCCUGAUAAAUAAUAGCCUUCUUCAUUUGAGAAAUCUCAUCUCUUUUUAAAAAAUUUUUUAAUCUUGAAAUAAUUUUAGACUCACAAAAAAUUGCGAAAUUAUUAGAGUUCCUGUGUAUCCAUCACACAGUUUCUCCCAAUGAUAACAUUUUAGCUAACCAUAGCAUAAUAUCAAGACUAGGAGAUUGACUUUGAUAUACUCCUAUUAACUAAAGUACAGACCUUAUUUGGAAUUUACAGUCUUAUCUCUUUUUUUUUAAAACUUUUUUUAUUUUUUAGAGUAGUUUUAGGUUUCACAGCAAAAUUGAGUGGAAGGUACAGAGUUCCCAUAUACUGUCUGCCUCCACACUUGCACAGUGUCCCCCACACUUGCACAGCCUCCCCCACUAUGAACAUUCCCCACCAGAGUGGUACAUUUGUCACAGUCAGUGAACCUGCACUGACACAUCAUUAUCACUCAAAGUCCAUAGUUUACAUUAGAGUUUACUCAGUGUUGUACAUUCUCUGAGUUUUGACAAAUGAAUAAUGACAUGUAUCCACCAUUGUGGUAUGAUACAAAAUAGUUUUACUGCACUAAAAAAUCCUCUGCGCUCUGUUUAUCAGCAACCCACCACCCCCACCCCCAACUCUGGCAACCACUAAUCUUUUUAUUGUCUCCAUAGUUUUGCCUUUUCCAAAAUCUCUAUAUGAGGCUAUCCUAAUAAGAUUUUUUCUGUUAAGAAUUUAUUUGUACAAUGAAAUUGUUUUUUCUUGUCUUCAGUUAGAUAGUUGAAUAUUGAAAAAUGAAGGCAAGUUUGAUGUAAUUCUAUGUAGUGCCUUGGAAUGUUGUCAUUAAUUAUAAAAUGUAUUAGUAGUGAGGUUAGUAGUGCCAAAAAUGUUUAAAUACAGUCUUCUCCCAUAAGAACUGUUCAGUUAAUAACUUUUUGCCAUAACAUUUCUUGAAAAGUUGUAUCAUUUUUCAGACAAUCAACUUUUUUCUCUUUGGGUAGAAAGACUUUUCCCACUCCAAAAUACACUGAACAAGUAUGCAAUAAAAAACAGUAUUUAAACAUUACCAUCUCAGACAAAAACAUACUAAUUUACUUGACACUUUCUACACACAGAUUAUUACUUCAAACACAUUUGAAUUGUGCAUCAGGUUAUUUUGCUUUGCAUAAGUAUGUCAGAUGAGAGAAAUGAAGAGGUUGCAUCUUCUAGAACAUUAGUCUGUUAUGUGCAGAUGCCAUUUCCAUGUGUUUUGAAGUUCCCUAAAGGUUUUUUUUUGUGUGUGUUAUAACUUAAUUGUUUUUAACUUUUUUUUUUUAAAGAUUGGCACCUGAGCUAUUAUGUUGGCAAUC